AAGGCCGGAUGUAAGGCCGGAAGUUCCGCAUUACGACUGCGGAUGAAGUUAACCGACAAGUGGCUAAGGCUAAUGUUUGCUAACUAAUUAGCAGGAUAGGUUUCUACCACCGUGUGUGUUUGUUCCGGCCUCUACCAUGGAACAGUGUGCAUGCGUGGAGCGGGAGCUGGAGAAAGUGCUCCAUCGCUUUGUGAUGUAUGGUCACCAGUCAGAGGAGCGGCUAGAUGAACUUCUGCGCAGUGUCUGUGAGAUACGAGCACAACUAGUAGCUUUUGCAGGAGUACAAGAUGCAGACCUAUCGGUCCUAUCCCAGAAUAUGGCCCAGUGUUGUAAGAAUAUCAAAGAAACAGUGCAGAUGCUGGCCUCUCGGCAUAAAGACAUUCAUGGCAGCGUGUCAAAAGUCGGCAAAGCAAUCGACCGGAAUUUUGAUGCUGAGAUCAGUGCUGUGGUGGCAGAAACAGUGUGGGACACUCCAGAAAGACAGAAAUAUCUGAGUGAGUCUAUUGUGGAGCACUUGUAUCGGCAAGGGAUGCUCAGUGUCGCAGAGGACCUUUGUCAGGAGUCUGGUGUAGUUAUCGACAUGAGUAUGAAGCAGCCUUUCCUGGAGCUAAACAGGAUCCUUGAAGCUCUGAGGAUGCAGGACCUUAGGCCAGCAUUAGAGUGGGCUGUUUCAAAUCGGCAGCGCCUUCUGGAACUAAACAGCAGUUUAGAGUUCAAGUUGCAUCGUUUGUACUUUAUAAGUUUGCUCAGUGGAGGAAUCGGAAACCAGAUGGAGGCCCUGCAGUACGCCAGGCACUUCCAGCCAUUCGCAUCCCAACACCAGAGAGAUAUCCAGAUCUUGAUGGGCAGCCUGGUUUAUCUACGUCAUGGCAUUGAAAACUCUCCGUAUCGCAGUCUGCUGGAGACAAAUCAGUGGGCUGAGAUCUGUAACAUCUUUACCAGGGAUGCCUGCGCUCUGCUGGGCCUCUCUGUAGAGUCUCCUCUUAGUGUAAGUUUCGCAUCAGGAUGCAUGGCCUUACCGGUGCUGAUGAACAUCAAACAGGUGAUCGAACAGAGACAAUGCAGUGGAGUGUGGACGCACAAAGACGAGCUCCCUAUUGAAAUCGACCUGGGGAAGAAGUGCUGGUACCACUCUGUGUUCGCCUGCCCCAUCCUUCGACAGCAGACCUCCGAGAGCAACCCUCCCAUGAAGCUCAUCUGUGGCCACGUCAUCUCCAGAGAUGCGCUCAACAAACUCACCAACGCCGGGAAGUUGAAAUGCCCUUACUGCCCCAUGGAGCAGAACCCGUCACACGCCAAGCAGAUCUACUUUUGAUACCACCCCCCCUCCCCUCAUCAAGGAUGACGUUACUUGGAGCUCUUUGAAUGUCCAGGACCCUUUGCUCUGGCCCCUGUCCUCUGCCCCCCCUCUGGCCUCUCGGCCUGUUUAUCGUAAGCAUUAAGGUUUUAUCCCAGUGCUCCUCCGGACGGCAGUCCUGCAAACCCGCCUCGGACCUUCCAACUUUGCAUAGAAUAAAAAUCCUGCACGGUUGGUUAAACGACAGCUUGUAGUCGAGUGACGCGUCGAUCGGAUCGUCAUCGUGAAGAAGCACCUCUGAGAAAAGAUCACCUGUUUAAAUUCAUUUGCCUGCAGAGUUAUAGAUUUAUCAUAUUGCUUUCUACUAUUUAGUUUUUUUCUUCUUUUUUAGUCUUGCAGGUUUUUUGUUUUUAUUUUAAAAGCAGAUGGGAUGAAUAUAAAUGGGUGUAGUGUUUUGAGUGAAUGCCAUAGAUGGGCAGGGUCUGCUUUCAGGGUGGUAAGAAUCGCUUUAUUUAACACACGGAAGGCUUAUUAUUUCCUGGUUAAAUGGGUGGGGGGGAUUGAGAGUGUGGAGAUCUCCCUUUAAUCGAACUCUGGAUUGCCUCCUCCAUGUUGUACUAAAGGCCUAACAGCCUGAAAUCCACUGGUUGAUGAUGAGUAAAACAAUGAAUUCUUCAGCGCGUGGAUCAGCUUUCUUAUUUCUCCUCUGUAACCGAAUGCACCAGCAACAUUUUUUUUUCUCAUUAUAGAAGCAAUUUGUCUUGUUCUGUGUGUGUAUUUAACAAAAGUGACAAAAAGAAAUACAGCGUGCUACUGUGAAAUGUGUUCUGUUCCUGUUUUUCUCCACCACCACCUCAUGUAAAAUAGUUUCCUCGCACAGCGAGACACUUAAUCAGCACUAUUGCGUAACUUUUAAAGUGAAGCGACUCAAAAAGCUUACUCCACUCGUGCCAUCGCUUCGGUCUGUGUAUGCUAAGCUAGCAUGCCGUGUGAUUUGGAGAUGUAAAUCGCUGUGAUGGUAGCCUUAUAGUACGACUAGCAGUGACUGUGGGUGGGCUUGUGAAGUCAAACUUGUGGUGGGUGGGUUAAGUCUUUUGGUCAUCGUUGAUGUUUUUGAAUAAAUAUUUACGCAAGAAUGCAUCUCUUUGAGUCAGGAUACAAACAGUAAGAUCUUCACAUUUCCUCAGGGUUCAUUGGUAAUAUCUCAUACCACACUUUACAUUUAGUAUUAAAUAAUGUACAUUUAUAUAAGGAGUCAUAUAUUCCGUUUUAUCACAUCUGAUGCUAAUAGUCGUGGGCGUUUCAUGCAGUUUGUACAUAUUCAUCCUGUUAUGUGUCAUGCUACAUUUGGAGGAGGUGUCGAAGGCAGCUGGACGCACAGCACGGUUCCCUCUGCAGCACGCCGCUGUCAGGUGCAUCGCUUAACGUCUCCAGCGUUUUGAUCUUUUUCGCCUCUUUGGGUCGACAUCCACUCACAGCUUCUCUGAUAGAAUGCCAGCCUGUUUUAAACUCAUGUUUUUUGUUUUUUUUUUAUAAAUGUUUUGCCUUUCCUGCUUUUUGUGUGUUAUGCAACUUUUACUGUAAAUAAUUAUCCGCUAACAUGUUUCAUAUAUUUGCAUCUGAUAUUCAAAAAUAAAAGAAAAUAUAU